UCACUCAAGUGGACGAGGAGUCAACUAUUUUUGCGGAGUCGCAUGUUGAUGCAGAAUAGACGUGUCAAUGCAUGGAAUGCAUUCGUGAGAGCAAAGCUUCAGGAUGCUAAUGACGGCCUCGAGAAGGGGGAGCGCAUUAAGCUGACAAAUUUCAUUGCAGAGAAUAAAGCUGGUCUCUUGCGUGCUUACGGACGGCUCACAGUGGCAGAGAAGCGCGUUUACAAUGCCCAGGUGCUCCAGGCUCGUCAAGAAAAGAGCAGUGCUGCACGUGCUAAUCCAAAGGCCGUUCGGCAUGACAUGAAUGCCGCAUUCACGUCCAUGGAUCGUGAGGUAGGUGCUGCGUGUAGUCUUGUAAUAUGCCUUCACUCACUGCAUUGGACAGCACUCUGUGCUCGUACGGGUAUGGAAGGUUUCUAUAUUGCUGUGCGUGGUGGGAUCGAAGAUCUCUCGGAGCCGAAAAUCUUUUUCACCGAGAAGGCACAGAAGUUUGUUUCAAGUAUUCUCAGAGUCGAACCUCAACAUCUCGGCCUUAAGCUAGAAGCGUUUGUGGUUGGCAAGCUCGGUACCAACAACUCCCGCCCGCUCAAUAAGCUCAUCGCUGAGUGCCGUGAAUUGAUUCAAGACGGACUUGGAUUUAUUCUGCUCGAAAAGAACGACUUGCGCAAGAUGAAAAUGAACUAUAGGAAUUACGAACGUGCUAUAGUUGAACACUGCGGUGUUGCGCUC